AUGAAACCCAAUGAACAGAUUACCUUGGAAUGUGACAGUGGUAAGUACGGACCAGGAUGUAGUUUAAACUGUGGAGCCUGUGUCAACAACACGCAGUGUCAUCACAUCAACGGGAGUUGUCUACAGGGGUGUGGUCCAGGAUACAGGGGUCAGAAAUGUGAUGAAGAGUGUGGCGGUGGUAGGUACGGAUCAGGAUGUAGUCUAACCUGUGGAGCCUGUAUCAACAACACACUGUGUCACCACAUCAACGGGAGCUGUCUACAGGGGUGUGAGCCGGGAUACAAGGGGCAAAUGUGUGACAAAGAAUGUGACAGUGGUAAGUACGGACCAGGAUGUAGUUUAACAUGUGGAGCCUGUAUCAACAACACACAGUGUCACCACAUCAACGGGAGCUGUCUACAGGGUUGUAGUCCGGGAUACAAGGGGGUAAAGUGUAACGAAGAAUGUCCCUCUGGUACAUAUGGCAUAUACUGUAGAGAAACCUGUAGCGUGAACUGUAACAUUUGUCAACACUGUAACAAAACAUCAGGAGAGUGUUUGGGAGGAUGCCAGCCCGGCUGGAAGGGAUUUCAUUGUGAUCAAAGUAUGAUGUAUGCAUCCAGGGAACCUACGGAAAAGACUGUCAGCAUAGAUGUGGUUCCUGCAAUAAUCAGACUCACUGUCACUAUGUGA